CGUAUGCGCGUAUUGACGUUCAAGAUAAAUACCUAAAGAACAACGAUAAAAUUCUUAUCAUUUAGUUUUUGCAAAAUAACGUUAAACCCUUAUGUUAAAUAUUUUAUUAGCGAGCUUUUUUAUUUCAGUGUUCAAUUUUUUACCACUUAAACAUUUUUUGACUUUCUAUAGAUAUCGAAGUACUGCUGAUUUCAUCGUAAAAAUUUGAGUACCGACUAUCAAUUGCGAAUUUAAUUUGUGUCUAGUUGUAUAUUAAAAUAUAAUACAAGUGUUGUUCAAUAGUUUUGGCUUUGAUAAGCUUCUAUGCUUAUCAUGUGACAAUAACUAAUUGCUUGUCUUCAGAUCCAUUUGUCUGAUCUACCAAGCUUAGAUUAAAUUUCUGAUGAUUCUAUGUUAGGCAUUUCCUCUACCACGUACGGUUGUGUUCUAAAAAAUUCAACCAUGGUUGAGGUGUUUGCUGCUAGUCAAGGUGACUGUAAUUCCAAUAAUUUGGAAAUGUUGGAUACCACAUUGAGCUCUUAUAGGAGUAAUGCUUCAUCUCAAGAUAAUGCAGAUUUUUUCCAGGAUUAUUCUGAUUAUCAGUGGUUUGCAGACUACAGGUAUCGUGAUCCUGAUAACUUAAAUCAUCAUCAAAGUAUUUUAACAUCUAUAUCAGAAAAUUAUAACGUUCCUUGUUAUGAGGAUGUGGCAAGAGAUCUUGAUGUUAAUUUGGCUCAUGUAGACAUGGAAAAUCUUAAAUCUGAAGAUAUUCAUAAUAUACUCAGUACACUACCAUCUAUGUGUGGUCAAGACAUCCAAGCAAUUUCGACUGAUUCAUUUUGUAAAAACAAGCAAUUAUUCUCUCCUGUUAAAGAGCAGUCACCAAAUCCUUUUAUUACUUUUAGUACUGAUUCCUUAGACUGCAGUGAUGAUAUGUUGAUUACUUGUAAAGCAAACAAUAAACAUAACUAUACAAUUGCUUUUGAGGAACCAGCUAUGGGUGUUUCAGAAGAAUUUCAAAGUAGCGAAGCUAUGAGUACUGGCGAGAGUAGAAAUACUGGUUCAGGUGAAGCAUGGUCAAGUGAUGGAAGUAUACAACCAAGUAUACCUAUGGUAUCAUCAGAUACUACUUUUACUACUUGGAAUAAAUUAAAAAAAUGUAUAACAUCUGAAACUAAAAAUUGUAUCCAAUUAAAUAAUGAAACAUCAUCAAGUUUGUCUUCAACUAAUAAUGAAAAAACUCAAAGUUUACCUGAUCUCAUACCAUUGAAAUUGAUAUGGCUUAAACAGAAAAAAAGUCAUUAUAAUUAUCUUAUCAAGUCUACACAGUCUGAAGGAGGAAAUGACUGCAGAGCAGCUAAGUUGUUUGAUUUAUCAGGUACAAAAGAACAAACUAAUAGCACUAAAUUUAGUUUGGUAAAAAUGUUCAUAAGUCAAAAGAAAAAUCGUCAGUCAGAUAGUAGUUUAGUAAUUAGUGAAAAUGAAGUCAUAGCUGAUACAUCUGACACUUGCAAAAAUAAUUUAGAAGAUAGUCUUAUGUGUCAAAACAAAAAUACAGUUAAUUCUAAAUGUAUUAGUAAUAACAAUGGAUCAAUAAAUUCAUCAAUAAUGACUAAUAAACACCUAUGGAAAGGUUCAAGUAUUAAUAAAAGUAUGCAGACAUCUUCAAUGGAUAAUAGUAUCAAUAUUAGUUCUGAUACCAAGUGUGCGAGUAGUCCUGUUUAUGUGAUGUUUCCAAGUUAUACAUUACCGGAUCUUUCAUUUUUAAAAAAUCCUAAAGCAUCUGUUGACAUAACUAAUGUGUUUCUUAUACCACAAAAGUUUUCACCAUUGCCAUCUCCUGAAGUGGAAUUUAAAAAAUUAACAACUACUUCUAUUAAAGAACAUUGUUCUUCAAUAGAAAAUUCUUUUGAUUUAAAGUCACUUUGUGCAAAAGGAUUUGAUCAUGUUAAUGAUUGGAAUUCUUUAGCUAUUUUGUUACCACAUAAUGUAUCAACAGCGUUAUCAAAGACACCAGAGUUAAAAGAAUGUUUCAAGAAUAUUAAUUUAAAAUUGGUUGAGCCUUCAUUUUGCCAAUCAGAAAUUAAAUCAACUAAUAAAAAGGAUAACAUGUAUAUUUACCAGUAUGAUGAUUCUAAUCAAAAUCAUAAACCACCUGCUGGUAGAAUGAACUCAAAGAUUCCUAUAAAAAAUGAAUUGCGAAGACCUCUAGGUGAAGUCCCUAAAAGGCUUAGUAUGAAUGACAUGAAACCAGAAACGUUGAAUGAAUACCAAAAUAAAAGGCGUUCUCUUCCAUCUCAACUAAUUGUUGAUCUAAAUAUUCCUACUAUGAGCUCUGAUGUUGGAACUUCAGAAGAUGAAGGAGUUGAAUGUUCUGGUAGCAACUGUGAUAGUCCAAAUCCAUAUGUUGAUGAAGCGAAAAGACUUGAUAGUAUAUUACGACAAAACAAAAAGUCUCAAGUUAAUCUGAGAUCACAAAUGAAUAAAUAUUUGCAUAGAGCUGGUCAUCAUACACCACCAAAUUCUCCUAAUCAAGCUACUAUUCAAAUAAAAAAAGGGUUAGAUUCAGACAAAUUUGAAGAAUAUGAAAUAAAUAAACCAACAGAUUCUAUUUCACAUAAAAAAGAUUUAAUUAGAAAUUGUUGUUUUGCUGCUGAAAAAAUUGCAUUUUGCCUUGAUAAUGACCACACAGAUGAUUUACAUUCAGUUGUUUUAGAUGUUUUUUGUCCAGCUCUGUAUGCAUUGUUUAGUGAAAAUUUGAAAACAAUGUUAGAAACAUCAUUUGGGCCUGUACAAAGUUCUGUGUGGCAUGUAAUUGAGGCAUCAUCACAACAAGGUAUUCUUUCUUCAGCACUUAAUGAACUUACAUUAAAAAUCAACAAUGAACUAGCACUUAAUGAAGGUGUUAUGAAGUUCAAUGCAUUUGUAUUUGGCUUGUUAAAUGUUGGAGGACUGGAUGCUUGGCUUUGUUACAUACGAACUCGUGAAUCAGUAUUGCAAAAAUUUUAUAACCGAAAUGCUUUGUUUGUUCGGGCUAACUUUGGGUGUACAUUGCAUAGAGAUUUGGUCGACCGGUUAAUUACUGCUACCAAAUCUUUAUCAAAGUAUAGACCUGAUUUGGAUCCACUAUUUGAAUGUCGAAAACUCCAUGAAAGCCUUUCAAACAUAAAUAAUCGAACGUCUUGGUUAUUAAAAAAGACUGCCAGAACUCUGGAAAAUGAAACAUCAAGACCUAGAUCAUAUGUAGAUUCAGCCAGAACAGUUGAUGUAGCAAGUACGGCUAGCAAGCGAUGGAGUGGUGUACAUAUGGGUUCUAAAUUAGCAACAGCUUUUGAGAGGCUUGAAAAUAUUGAUGAAAGAACUCGAAUGGAAGUUGAAAACAAUUGUGACCAAGAAAAACCUGUACAACGUAACAGGUUUAGAAGAUUACAAAUGAAAUGGGAGUUACUUAGUACUAAAGAUUUAACAGUAAAUACCCCAGAUUUUGAAUCCCCUAUAAGUGACGGAUUGAAUUCAAGGAGACUUUCAAAAUCUCGUAUUCCCCGACCAGUCCUAUCACCUAUUCAACCUCCUCAAGAUAGUUUUAGUAAUAGAAGACCAGUGAGUUCUAAUUGUAAGGAAGAGGUGCCUAAUUUAAUUUCUCCUGGUACCACCAAAACAGACCCUUCAAUUAACAAAUCCAAAAAACCCUCCACAUCAAUUAAUAAAGUAGUACGACCAAGUAGUUUACCUCAAAGAAAACCCAAAGAAUUAGUUCGUUAUGUGAGAACUCUGUCUCAUCGUCUAUCAGCUGAUAAUGGACAUUUAUCAUUCAAUGAAGGUGAAAAAUUACAACUUGUACUGGAGGUUGAUGACAAAUGGAUACUCUGUUGUCGUGGUGCCCGUAAAGGAUUAGUGCCUAGAUCUUUAGUUCUAAUAGUGUCUAAAUAACAUCAAUUGGACACAUUCCAUUUCUACUAAAUUGAUGUUACUGUCUAUAUAUCUCUAAUUGUAAUGGUCUCAUUUUUUUUUUUUUUAAUGUAAUUUGUGUUUAUUUUUGUACAAUUAAUUAUGCAUAUUAAUUAUUACUUGUGACCGAUGAUCUAAGACAACGGGGCAGUGUAGCAAUGUACAUAAGGGUUUAAGUGCAAAUGUUGAGUUUAGCUUUACUUAAUGAAUUUUAACAAAUUUUGUAAAAACAAAUUAAAUUUUCAUAUGAUAUUACACUUAAUAAAAAAAUUUAGCAUGUGUAUUUGAAACAAAAUAAUUACUAGAUAUAGUUUUACCAUAACAGUUCAUUCAAAUAAAAUGUGACUAUCGUUAAUGAGCCUUUCUUGUACUCAAAUUAUAUUCUUCUUUGAUAACUUCUAAGUACAAGAAUGUAACAGUUCGCAUCAAUAUGUAAUUAGCAAGAAUAAUAAACAGUUAUUUAAAUUUGAGAAACAUAUCUAUUCUAUAUAUAACAGUAUAUAUGUAUAAUUUGUUACAAAAUAUUAAGUAAAAUUAUUUUAUAAAGCUUUUUUUAUGGUUCUUUCUUUUAUAUUCCACUGUGACCUUGUUUAUUCAAAUUGUUUAUUUGAAUAAGUAAGGUCUCAGUGUGUAUAAUUAAGUGUAUUGUCAAUCUUUAUUGUUUAUAUUGUUUGGUGCUCCAUUUUAUUGUUUGAAAAUAAUUUAGUUAGUCUGCACUUAGAAAAUUUUAAGUAAAAUGUUUGACUAAUAGUAAUGCUUUAUAUGAAAAAGAAAUUUAUAUUGUAAAUGUUUUCCAUUUUUUGUUUUUUAUAUAGUUUUCAAAUUGUAUUUUAUAGGUUUUCUUAAAAAUUUAUUUUUGUUAAUUUUUGUUUCAUUAAACAAAAGACUGCUUUUAAAUUGAUAUUAUAAUUUUUUAAUUUUAUUUUAUGUAUUAAACUAAAAUAAUAAUAUAUAAUAAUUAUUAACCAGAUAUGUAAGUUGUUACUCUAGCUGAAAUAAUUAUUAUGUAAUAUUCUAUUAUUAAAUUGUGCUGGUUAUAUAAAAAUUACAAACAGAAUCUUAUAUUUAUGUAACAUACUAUAUUUAUUGUAAUUCUUAGUUGUGCCAUAUUAUAUCUACAAUAAAGUUACAAUACCAAAUAGGCUUACGAGUCAUAAAUAUUUCAAUAAAUGUAUAUAUAAUAAUUGUUCUUUUAUUUAAUAAUAAGAAUAAUAACUAAACAAUUUUAUUUAAGUAAAUUAUUUUUCAUUUGUGUCUAAUUCUAUUAUACAAAUUUACCAAAGAUUCUAAUGUCUUAUUAUCAAGAUUUAUUAUAGUAACUCAAAACAAUUAGUAUGGAGAUAAUUGAGUUUAAAAAUAUGUCCAUAUUAUUUUAAUCACUAGUAUUUUAUAAUUUUACUGUUGAAAUAUAUAUUAAUAUAAAAAUAUACAAGUGCAUACUAUAGGAUGAAAUUUUUAUUUUUAAAAUAUUUUGUAUAACUUAAAAUUGCCAUUUUUUUUUUUUUUUUUUUGAGUUAUUUCACUAAUAUCUUAAUGGUGCGAUGUAAUAUUAAGAGUAAAAAUUAUAUUUAGAUAUUUUGGCUAA